CCCAUGUCCCAGGAGUUAGGAGUAGCCCCAACAGACGACCACUGUAUGCUUGUGGAAAUGGGCAGCAGAGCAGCUUUCGUGGUCGCGUUUCUCCUGAGGGCUAUAUAUGCAGGCACGCAGAUACUCACCAAGGCUGCCUUCGAUGAAGGCAUGAACACGUCGGUCUUUGUUUUCUACAGGCAUCUGACUGGUAUCCUCUUCUUGGUGCCUAUUGCUUUUGUGCUUGAGAGGAAAACUGCCCCUCCACUGUCAUUCAGAGUCUCUCUGAAAUUGUUUUUCCAUGCACUAUACGGGAUCUCUGGAGCAAUAAACAUAUACGGCCUCGGUCUCAGCUAUUCUUCAGCAACAUCAUCGUCUGCGAUAUUUAACCUCCUGCCAGCUGUGGCUUUCUUUCUGGCUGUUCUUUUGGGGAUGGAGACACUGAACUUGAAGCGGUUCCACGGGAUCGCAAAGGCUGCAGGCGUGUUGUUCAGCACUGCUGGCGUGACUGUGCUGGCGUUCUACCAAGGCCCCGCAUUCAGAUCGUUCAUCCACCACACCGCUUUCUCCCAUCACAACGUCCACGCUGGGGUCGUUACCGCCGCUCAUCCUAAAAGCGUCUGGAUACUGGGGAUUUUCCUGACGACCUUGUCGACUGCAUCGUGGGCUCUCUGGACGGUUCUUCAGGGGCCAAUGCUGGAAGCGUACCCAUCCAAGCUGCUCAACACGACCCUCCAGAUGAUCUUCGCGACGGUCCAGUGCUUCUUCAUCGCCCUAGCGGCCGAGAGGGACUUGUCGAGGUGGAAGCUGGCGCUGGACAUACGCCUUUACGCUGUGAUCUACUCUGGAAUACUUGUCUCGGGAGUCGCUUACUACAUGCAAGUAUGGGUGAUCGAGAAGAGCGGGCCUGUCUUCUUGGCCAUGACGAUGCCGAUAACCUUGCUUGUCACCAUCAUUCUGUCCCUGUUUCUCGGAGAGCCGGUUACCCUGGGAAGUUUGCGACCCGGAACUCCUCAUUUUAAUUACCCCCCUGCAGCAUCUUGGGUGGACUGAUCAUGGUCGGUGGUCUGUACAGUGUGCUCUGGGCCAAGAGGUCUGAGCAGGUGCAUGCCAGCAAGCAGCAAAUGGCGGCGCCUACUCCUCCUCCAGCAGAGGCGACACAAGUGUAGGCCGAGCUUAGCUUGUUUGUGGUUGCACACCCCCGUUGUUGAUGCUGGUAGUUUGCACGUAUUUUGCAGACACAAGUUUGUACGUAUUUUGCAGUGACUGAGAUCGAGAGAACUGUGAAGUUCUGAUUUUAGAUAAUGGAAACCUGAAUGAGCACAUGCAUCAGGCCCCUAAGGACUCCCCUAACAGCUGCUAAACCACGCCUAGCACUUGUCUUUUGAUUACAGCUGACAUUCUCCUCCUAAUCCUAAGACUUGUGCAGUUGUGCUUCAUGUUGACGACGCCAAUUCGGUCACAAAGUUCUCUGAACUUCUCACGCCUAAGUGACUUCGUCGUCAGGAUGUCAGCGAAUUGUUAGAAAUCUGCUCCCUUCGUCCACACACUCACUCACGUGUGUGGAAUUUUUGCCUGUUCGUUUGGCUUUAAUCUGUACCGGUUUCUACUGUUUCUAUAAUAUUUUGUCUCUAUAGGUUACAGUUGUAUCUAUAUGCACUUUUGGAUGAACUUUUGGAAGUGGUGGCGAUGGAAGUCUUUGCAAACCAUGGAUGACGCUCAAAUACAAGAAUUGAGUAUGGCUAGUAUUAGUCAUAGUCUUGUAAUUUUGUUCCUUUGAGUUAGUAUCACUAUUUAGGCAACAGUUCUUAAUUGUAAUAAUCGACUUGUAUUGGCUGUACGCAUUAUCAUGCUAAAGACGGAACUCUUGUUUCCAUUAUAAAAAAAUGCACUUUUGGAUGAA